AUGUCCGCCAACGAGGCUGGGGACGGCGCUGCUGAGGCGUCCGCUAUGACCAACGGCGUUUCGGCAAACGAGUCUGCACCUACGCCGGCACCUUCACCAGCGCCGGCGGCUACGUCAUCGCCACCGCCAACAGCACCGUCGCAACAGCAGCAGCAGCAGCCAUCAACAGCUAUGGACGAUGGCAACGUAACGGCACAAAUUAGUUCUGCUGCACAGUUCGAAGGUGGCGUUUCAACAUACGGUGCGGUCAAACAGUUUAACGAAGCGAACAAUAACAACAACAGCAACACUAAUUAUACGAAAUCGAACGGCUAUCAGCACAGCCCGAACAAUCAUUAUAGUAACAACAACAACGCUAAUAGUUUUGAUAACACUGGCAGUCCAUUAAAAAGUCAACAACAACAACGUGGUGGUGUGGACCGUGAGACCAGCUUUCAUCCCAUACAACAGCAUCACUUACGUCAAGCGGAGGACAGUGAUAAUGAAGAUUACGAGCUUCAAGGCGCUACUGGUGGCUUAAGCGGUGCACCGAUCGGUGAUUAUUGGCAACAACGUAACGGUAUUGUGGGCGCACCGGCUAGCGGACAUCAAAGUCGCGCUCUAAGUCCCACAUACAUCGAUAAUAUGAGUGAGAAUUCGGAGCAACCGCCCGUAGUACCACUCGUACGCUCCAAAUCCCGGCCAGAGUUAUCGUCCAAUGCGCAUUUGAAUUCCGCAAUGAGCGCCGCUAGUCGCUACAAUAAUCUCUCGUACUGGAAAGCGCGUCGUGUGGUCUUCUAUCGCAAUGGCGAUCCCUUCUUUCCGGGCGUGGAGUUACGCUAUCGUCCCGGUCGCGACAUUACCUCGUUGGAUAGCUUGUUGGACAAGAUUUCGCCGAAAAUGGAUUUGCCGCGUGGCGCUCGUUAUGUGUUCUCGAUGGACGGUGAUCGCAAGUAUCAUUUGGAUGAGCUCGAAGAUGGCGCUUCGUAUGUGGUGUCGUCGUUCAAGGCGUUCAAGGUGAGUACGCAGACCUUUUUCUCGAUAAAUAUUGAUAUGUAG